AGAGAUGGCAGGAGUAGAGCCAAAAAAAAAAACACAUCUUUUCAAAGCAAGAAACUCCGGAGACGCGAGCUCAUGGGGAACUCCAAACCCUAAAAUUUAUCUUCCCAAAUCCAAUUCCCUCUUAUUUGCCCUUGUUUUCUAUCCCUUUCUCCUCCUUUUCUCUCGCUUUCCCUAUCCCUCGUAUUAUUCUUUGUCGAUAUUCAACUUCUUCCUGUGAGAUUGGAUCUCAGUAUUAUUUCGAACCAUUUAGUUCCAUCAAUCCGAAUUAGUUAACCCAAAGUCGGCAUCUUUUGUGCCUUUUUCGUUUUGGGUAUUUAAGGGUUCUUCGAAAUCUAGGGUUUUUAGAUCUGAACAACAGUGCUCUCGAAGUUAGGUGUUUGAUAAAGGGCUUCUUAUUUGUGUAGUUAGUAGGUUUUGGGAUGAGUUCGAGGUUUUAAUUUAGGGUUUCUGUUAAGGAUAGGGAUUCAGCUUAGGUUUGGUGAUAGGCAUCAGAUAGGGUCUGAGCCGCCAAUGCAAUUUGUUUCGAUUUUGGAGGAUUUUUCGGUGAUUUUUAAGAUACCGAAAAAGUUUCGGCUGAAUGUCUUGGGCAGGACCAGAAGAUAUCUAUCUAUCUACUUCUCUUGCAAGCUAUCUUGAUAAGAAGCUUCUUAUAUUGCUGCGAGAUGGUAGAAAGUUGUUGGGAAUGCUUCGUUCUUUCGAUCAAUUUGCAAAUGCUGUUCUAGAAGGUGCAUGUGAGCGAGUUAUUGUAGGUGAACUGUACUGUGACAUUCCAUUAGGUCUAUAUGUAAUCCGUGGCGAGAAUGUCGUUUUAAUCGGCGAACUGGACUUGGAAAAGGAGGAGCUUCCUUCACAUAUGACUCGCGUAUCAGAGGCAGAGAUAAAAAGGGUAAGUGUUAUUUUUGGUGUCCUCAAACUGCAUAUAUUUGGGAAGAUUAUUGAGUACCAUGAUGCACUGCCUGUUCUCUUGCUGAGGCACUUAUCGUAGUCCUUUCUUGCAUGAUCCCACGUGAUGUCUUGUGCAGUCGUGCUGGUGAUUAAAUCUUUUGGACAUUUCUGUAUGUCCUCCAUUGUCGACAGAAGCAGACUCUCGUAUUCUGUAGUCCACCUUUGAAGCUCAGACUUCUCUGCUUCCUAUUACAGCAUUCUAUAUGAAUUUCAGCUAUUAAGUAGAAACCAGUCAAGUUUUCUAGUCCUCAUGCUGCCACUUACAAAUUUUUACUUGUGUGUUAUUAGCCUCGUUUAAGUUGCUCAUCAAUUAUGUUAUCAAACAGCUUCUGAGUGAUGACUUGAUGGAGGGUAUGUGUGAAGCUAAAUUAUAAGUAAUAGUUGUUAAAGCAUCCAGCAUUCCAACUCAAAACUAAUUGGCUAUGAGUGGAGAGGCUGGCUAUGCUCAUAUACUAUUUUGGAGGUCAUGAUUGACCAAUGUAUGACAAGCUCUAACCCUCCCCCGCACAUACGGAUCACAGCAAAACAAGGGUAAUCAAUCAAGAGAGUCUUGUCCCAAAGGCUAGCUCUGAUACUAUGGUACAACAUCUAAGUGCCCUUCACUCCAAGAAUAGUUGUCAAAAGUUUUAUUGCAUAAUAUUACAUUAUUAGCCAAAACCAUCACACCAUUUCUUAGGCUUCCGUGACUGACGUUUUGGUCAUGGUAACCCUUUAGUAGGAAGCAAAUUUGCAUAAAGUUUCAAUGAUAUGUCAUACUUUAUGUUGCACCAAUCUGCAAUGGAGAUUCCAAUCUCCCAUUUGCCCACACUACCAGACAUAAGACUCCUGACUAGCUAAAAGAUAUGGUUGGGACUUGGAAGAACCGAUUGGGUUGGAGUUCUAACAAUAGUGACGUGCUAAGCCUCUUCAGGACUUCCAAACUUGUUUAACAUACAUCUUCACGUGCGUGUCAUGGGUCACACCUGAAGAUGGUAUGCAAGAGCUAGGCUUUUGGACAAGCCUCUCUUGGUUGAUUACCCUAUUGUUUGUGCCGAAAGUGCACCUUGUUUUGCUAUGAUCCCUAUGUUAUGGAUCCUCUGUUUACCUCUCCAUGUGCGGAUCGGGGUUGCACGUGCGGGGGAGUGCUUGCCCCACAAUGGUCAAUUAUAGCCUCCAAACUAGUAUGUGAGCCAAGGCGGCCUCUACACUUAUAGGCAAAUGGUUAUUAGUGGAGAAGCAGCCCAAUAUAUUUUCUUUUGGAGGUUGUAAUUAGCCAAUGUGGUACGAGCUCUAACAAUAGUGAGAGAGAAAAUCGAGCAUGGGAAUUGAAAGAUGGAAGGCAUGUAAUUCAACACCGUAUAUUAGGUCUAUCUCUAUCUAACUCUCCCAGCUUUGCAACGUGUGAAAGUGAUUUGGAAAAGGAUAUCCAAAACCGCCAGUUUAUACGACACUUCUGUACUCAGUCUGAUGUGAUGAUCACCUUCUCCGGUAUAAUACACUAGUUCUUAAGUUUUUCUUUUCCCUUUUCUCGUUUCUUGUUCUCCAUUCCUCCACCACAGCUGUUUGAAACCAUGUACUUUUGACAGGCACAAAAAGCAGAAAGGGAGGCUACAGAUCUCAAAGGUUCCAUGAGAAAGAGGAUGGAGUUCCUUGAUAUGGACUAAUUUGUACGUCUACAACAUCCAGUCCAGUGUUUUGCAAAGCCCAUGCCAUAUCACCCGCAAAUAUUAUCGCGGCUGGUGGAUGUUGGGGUAUUAAGAAGGGAUGGAUGGUUGUUUUGCCUCUCUCUCUCUCUCUCUCUCUCUCUCUCUCUCUCUAAGUAACUUUCUGUAACAUUUACCAACUAUUGAUUUCACAAGGCUGAGAAUGGGAUAUUCAUAUUUUCGGUGAUUCAACUUCAUCAUAGCUUUCCCACUUCUAGUGGCGUUCUAAAGGAAGUGAAGCUGGAGAGACCACACAGAAUUGGCUGGCGAUCUUUGGUUCCAUUUUUUAAGUAUAUGUGUACACGAUCCUGGGUGGACUUCUGGUUUCAAAAUAGGUGGUAGAUUGUUGCGACAGGAAGGUGGCAUUUGGCAUUUUGAUCCAAUUGAGUUAAACAUUGUAGUUCUUGUUUAGUCACUUGUACGUUUGUGAUUGUUAUUAGUGCUGUGAUUUGGAUAGGAUCUGUUCA